GGCCUGGCUCCCUGGGGGUGUCUGCAUGUGGCUGUGCCGUGGUCCUGAGAAGAGGGGCUUCCUGCUCUCUUCCAAACUCUAGUGGAGGCCCUGAGGGCUCUAACACCCGCCAUGCCCACCUGGGCCAGGCUGGGUGUGCCUCUGUCAUCCUAACCAGGAUGAAAACCUGCUGGACUGGACUGGCAGGGUGGCUAUGCCAGCCCCCAGCAUGGGCACACCUGUUCUGUGUCCCUUCAGGCGGGUGCGGUAAAGCCUGGGCGGGUCCUGGAGCCCAGAAGCAGUGGCACAGAGCAGGAACCUACUGUGAGUGCAGCCUGGGCCUCAGCUGGGAGGCCCUCAUCGCCCUGCUUGUGGUGCUGGCGGGCAUCAGCGCCAGCUGCUUCUGCGUCCUCGUCAUUGUGGCAGUUGGCAUCAUGCGAGCCAAGGGUGAAACAUGCCCCAGACACACGGAUAGCAGGUUGGUGGGGCACUUCGGGGCCCAGGAAGAGUGCAUGGACCUGCACGCAGUGCAUGUGGAGUCCCACGUUAUGGAUCCUGACCUGGAGGUCUCCACGACGCUGCCCCCGGAGGGUCAUGGCCUCAGGACCAUCCCCGUGGUUCAGUGACCCUAGAGGAGCGGUGCCCCCCUCCCACCUGAGUAGGCUGUGGCAGUUGGGAGUUAGUGGGUCUGCACUGUCCUCCCUGCCUCCUCCUAGAGCCCAGGUGGCUGGGCCAUGGGGCAGGGGUACAGUCUAUGCACCUGGGUCAUCUCUAUCUUCCAUGAGGGUGCCCACCCCAGGCACCCACUGUCCACCAUCCAGGGCAGGAGCCACACUUCUGUAUUUCCGCUUCCUCCUGCAUGGCCUCAGCCUAGCUCCUCCCUGCAUCUUCCUGCUGCUUUGUCCUCUGAAGCUGGCAGGGCUCCUGGGCCUGUGCCCAGCCCCACCCCCGUUAAACACCAGGACAGGACCUGCAGCUCUGGCAACUCCAGAGGGAACAGCAUCUGGCAGGAGGACCAGGGCUCGUGCCCCUGCCCCGCCCACACUGUCUCCUUGAGGUUCCAGGAGAGUCCUUGCAGGCAUGACUCUGCCUCCCAUGUGCCACCCACUCCACCCUGCAGCUUAUCCCUGGGCUCGGGUCCCCAUCAUGCGCCCCCACCAAUCACCCACCCCACCAUGAGGGGUGCUGCCAUUGCCAUUCCCAUGUGGGGGCUACUGUAUAUGUGUGCUAGGGUCACUCUGCGGAGCGACAAACGGACCGAGACUGGGGUGAGA